AUGAUCGGGCAGGAUCCAGAGCGGCAGCCGCUACAGAUUUCGGGAUUCCAGCCGACACCCCCGCAGGCUGAGGAGACGGAGCAAAACGAACCGAUUGCCGCGCAGCUUGAUACCAUCACAUCGAAGCGCGACUCCCAGACGGCAUCGAUUCAAUCAAGCGUCGAUCCAGCAGGGCACCUUCGGAUUACUAAGACAAAGCAGAAAGUUGAGAUGCCCCAGAACUCCGAGGCUUAUCGCCGGGUCAUUAAGGUUGAGGGUUAUGCUUGGCUAGCGAUGCAGGCCCGUUACAAGUCCAAGAGCUGGCUGCAGGACUUGACGAUGGCAGAUUUCACUGCCUUUGUGGAUUUCGUCCUUGGCGAGCGGGUUGCAGGGCUUAGGCUUGAGCAAGCAACUGGUUACGACAACAACAACAAUGCGCAGUUUAGGCCACCUUGGGGGAUUGUCCUGAGGUACGAAUACCGCAUGCGUAAGGAGGCCUUUCGACUUGUGAAUGAAGAUGGCAUGACGCUCAAGGCCGCACUGCUGGCUGUGACAAAAGACACAGAGAUGAAGGAGGUCCAUUUCGUGACCCCGUUGACCCUCACUGCCUUUCCCAUGCCCACCAAUGGAUCCGCCGUACUGAUAAAGGGGAUAAAGGGGGAAAAGGUGGUGGUAAAGGCGGUCGAGGUAAAGGUAAGGGGGAUAAAGGGGAUGGAAAGGGCACAUUGCGAGGCCUUCAGUUGGCCUGGAGGACUCCCGACGGCAAAGAAAUCUGUUUCGCUUACAACAAUCAAGGAUGCCCCGGGAAGUGCAAUCGUGCCCAUGUCUGCAGGGUGA